GUGCACCUAUGCUGCAGAAGUUGGCUUUCGAGGUCCCACCCUACGACAGCGGGCUGCCGUAAAUAGGUCAAUAGGGGAAGAAAACGCUAAAGCUUCAGUAAAGAGGAAAAGGGACACUAAUACCCCAACUUUGGGUGCUACAUCGCUUCCCGCCCCGUUGGUAUUACCAGGGGAGGACUUGGCUCUCGACCCAACCCAUCCUCCACAGAGCUUCUCGGAAUGGAAUCGCAUGAGACUCGAUGAGCGGAACAGAGUUACGAAAAAACAAAAGACCAUUUAUGUGAUUGGGCCGCCGACGAUGACCCACAACGUUAAUUUCGCGCAAACAUGGAGCCAAGUCCAAUCAGGAAGCGCGAAGAAAGAAGUUUAUGUUCCUCCGCCAGAUAUCCGAGACGUCGUGGAUUAUCUCAGCGCAUACUACCACGGCAUGACUGUCAAGAUACUCCCGCCCUCCACAGCUACGUUUACCGCCUGGGAGGAUAAAAAGUCGAGAGUGGCGAGAGUGUCUGCAAAGUCGUCAAAAACGCCCCUCAUCGGCCUCAAGACAUCAAAAGAGAUUAUAGGAAUUCGCACCCGGCCCUCCCUAGACAAAGCCUACGAAGCUCAAUUGAAUCUUGAUGAUCUAUUGGACGCUGCGAUUGCCAUGCUACCAUCGGAUGCAUUCGCGUUACUUUUCCUCGUCCAACAAGACCUCUACCAAAGUCCCGAGGACGAAUUCGUGUGCGGUCUUGCUUAUGGUUCCAGUCGCGUUUCUGUCGUCUCUAUGGCGCGCUAUCACCCUGGCCUGGAUACCAGGCAAGAGGUAGAGCGCGACCAUGCGUGGCCAGCUUCGCACUGUGCUGCCUACGUAGCGGACUGUUGCGAUGAAGCAAUGGACGACAGCAAUCAGAUUUCCAAACGCGGCAAGAAUGAGGCUAGGAGAAAAAAGUCGCAGCAAGCUUCCGAUGCCAUCGAUGUAGAGCAACAUGCGGGCUCUCCGCUCCGAGCCGCAAUCGCGGCCCAUACAGCCCUUCCCCCUUUAUCCAGCUCGGUGGAUCCGGUCACUCUUACUGGACUUUGGCUGGGUCGCAUUUGUCGCACGGCCAGCCAUGAAGUUGCUCAUUGCUUCGGGAUUGGUCAUUGUACUUAUUACGCGUGCAAUAUGCAAGGGUCCGCAUCCAUUAGGGAGGACGCUCGGCAGGCACCAUACCUGUGUCCUGUCGAUUGGGCGAAGCUGCAGAAAGCGACCGGUGCGGAUGCUGUUGAGCGUUCAAAUGCACUCAUCCGGUACUGCAACGAAAAGCGUGAGAUACACCUUUUUGCAGCGCUGGGUUCUUGGCUAGAGAGUAUAGGGUAUGGUGCGUAGCUUACCUAGAUAGGAAGACAAGGCUACGCAGGACAUACAAUUGUUGAGAAUGAUACGGGAUUAUUAGCAGUAGAGCUUGACACCCAUACUCGUCGAACGAACAAGUCGUUCUAGCAUUCGCGAUAGAAUUCGUCAUGAAUCAAACUGGUUUCAAUAUACCUUUUCGACGGUCAUGCAGGUGUGCUGUCGCUACUUCGAAUGCUCAAAGCCUUAUGAACUGAAGAAGUCAACCGACGGGAAUGGUUCUUUACAACCUAGAACGUGACGCUGGACAUUGAAAAAGCGGUGCUCUCAGCAAGUCUCUGCCUGUGUAUACACCUGUCUGCCACUGCUUGAAGUGCUUCAACAAAUUUCCACAUAGCCCAGGGUGAAGAGCUCCUAUCUUGUUCAGAGUCUUAGAAAUGAACUGAAGCUACCCAAGCAGUGGCAUGCAGG